AACAUUAUACUUUCACAAACUGUACGCUUCAGAAGAGGUAAUUCAAAAUGGUUCGGUACUUGUGUGUUUUGCUGAAGAGACCGACCAGCUUUUUCAUGAUAAUGUUCUCUAUACUAAAUCUUACUAUUCAAUGCAUCUUAUAAAAACUGUUGAUAUCAUGUCUUAUGCUACGUAA